UCCAAGGGUUCUCCAAAAGAGUUUUUAUGAGGAAACGGAAUACACAAGUGGAAGUUGGGGACACUUAGGAUUUUGCUCUUUAAAACUCCUGCUUUAGCAUGUCGUGGAACAUUCAAAGACCCGACGGUGUCCCCGAAAUGGCGCCUUUGGAAGGCCAACCAUCUAUGAGCCAUUCACAACUUCUGAGUAACAGAGAUGCUUUGGAGCGAAAGCUCUCUCAAAGAGAACCCCGUCAGGAACUUGUGAGCAGAGGGAUUAUGCCUGCCGUUAGUGCAGCACCAGCAAUUCUUUCUCAGAGGACGAAGCUCGAACGAGCGAAGACUGGUGAUUUACUGCAGAAGAAAAUACGAACAAGGCCAAAUCGUGCCCAACUGAUUCAGAGACACAUUUUAAAAGAAACUCCUGGUGCAGUGGACCCUUCACUGAUCGACAAGCAAAUGCAACUGAAAAGGAAGAAACUGGAAGAUAAUCUCAAUGACAAACUAUCAUACAGACCUGGUCCCUUGGAGCUAGUGAAGGAGAAUAUCUUGGAAGCUGGUACUCCAAUGAGCCAGGCAGUGCAAGAGGGAACUGUGCCUUUUACUGAAACCACAGAUUACUUGCAGUCCCUCUCUCCUGAUAGUGUUGACUCUCCAGAUGCAUCUCCUUCACCAGAUUUGAGCCAUGUGUCUUCCCCUUCAAGUGUGGGUUCACCUCCAGCAUCAACAAGCAUAACAUCUUCAGUGCAAGCUCUUGCUUCUCUACAAGCACAGACUAAAAAACACACUCAGCAACAACAAGCAAAACAGCAGCAACAACAUCAGUUGUUUUUACAACAGCAAAAUGGCCUGAAUCUAAUAGCACCUACACAACUUCCAGUGCAGGUGUCAUCAACAGCACCAAAGAAGGAAACUGGAAAGUCUCGAAAGAAAGCAGCCAAGCCAAAGGUUAAAAAAUACAAGUAUCAUGAGUAUCGGCCACCUAAUGGUGAGGUGCAGAAAUGUGAUUUGCCAUCAGACUCACCAUAUGGUUUGUUAUUACAGCAACAACAACUUUACCUCCAGCUGCAAGUGUUAUACCAGAACUACCCCCAUCAUUGUAUGUUACCUUCCAUUCCAGAAAAUGUUAAACUUGGGGUGAAUGGCUCCAAGAAUGGCAGUGGUAGUGAUUCUGAAAAAACUGUCAAAAUUGAAGACAUGCGAGUCAUUGACAUGAGGAGAGCUCUGAAGGAACGUGGGCUUCCAGUGUUUGGCUCUAAAACAGACUUAAUUAAGCGCCUGAAGGAGGCUGGGCCUCUUCCAACAGAGGUUGCACCAAACUCAAAUAGUGCAGCCUCUGUUGUGGUGUCAACGCAAGAGCAGAUAACAACCUCUGCACCAAGUGUGUCUCAAGCUUUUCCCAGAACAACGACCCAUCCGCCGGUGCAGCGCUCGAACUCCUUGCCCAUGCAAAAUGCGCAAAAUUCAAGUUUAGAAGCUGUAGAGCAGUUGAAGAUGCAGAUAUUAGCAAAUAACCAAAGCCUUCAACAGCUUAGUGUGCCACCAGAAGUUCAGCAACAACUCCAGCAGCUUCAAUAUUUGAACCUUCAGUUACAACUGAAGCACCUAAACAUUCAACAGCAACAGAACAUCCAGCCAAAACCUCAAAAUACACCUGUCACCAAUCAGAAUGUAGCAAUGAAAAAGGAAUCUCUAACAGACACAAAUUGUUCUUUCAGCCCGCCACCUGAUCACAAACAAAUGAAGGAGCAAAAACCAUUAUUUGUAAUCCAACAACAGGGCCAACAUGUGCAAUUGUCACCUGGAAAUCAUUCUCCUCAGCAACAGCUUCUUCAUCAGCCACAACAGGUUGAUAAUGCUUUGGCUCAUUUACAGGAACAGGCUCAAUCAUUGGACCUAAGCCCUAGCAAUUUUGACUCAAACCCCAGCAGUGUGGAAAGCCAUGUUCUUCCUUGGGAUCAACAACAUCCCCUAUUUGAUGGAGAGAGCGAAUCAUUUCCAUCACCUGGUUCACAGCACUCAGACUUAUCAAACUUAUCACCCUUGCAAAUGGAUCAGCUUUCUCACAGUAUGGAUACUUUACCAAAUGGUAACCUUUUCCAGGCCAACAUGAAGCCAGAAAGUCACCAAAUGCAAAGGUCCUAUUCAGAGAGAUCUUCAUCUGAUUGCCCAGAUGAUUACUUCUUGAUGCUGCCACAGACAAAGCCACGGUCAUUGUCUGAACCACAGUUCCCUGUAUCAACACACAAACGAUCAUCAUCAUUUCCAUCAAACCCUUUUGCUGCCCCUCCACCAAGUUAUGAGGCUCACAUGGCUGCUCAGUCACAAAAGCAGAACAGAAACCUUUCAGUUGGGGGGCAGAUUGGUGGGGGCCUUGCCAUGCCAAGUACCAGUCCUAAGCAAGAAGAUAUGGAAUUGCCUUUAGAGUCUGUUAUCCAAGACAAGGAAUUAUCUCAAGAACUACAAAAGGCAAUGAUGAAGAAUUUCAGUUCACUGGAUCAUGAUGACAUACUUGAAAUCUUAGGAGAACCUCGCAGUCAAUUGCCAACAAGUAGUAGUUCUUUUGCUGGGAUAUUGUCAACGUCGCAAUCAUCACCUGCACAAUCUUUUACAGGGAGUAAGUCACCAAGUCUGGGAUACCUUCGCACUCUACCAACACAUAGCUCUGUGGGAAGAAUUUCAAAAAGCUGCGAGGAUGUGAGCCAAAUGCCUGUUGGCAACAAUUCUUUGUCUAAUUUUGACUAUAUGCUAAUGAGCCCUAUGUCUCCUAUGAGAGUGGACUCUUGUGAUACAGAUGAAAGUUCAACCUUAAUGGAUCACACUUCUAAUGCCAUACCUAUUCCAAUGGCAAACAAUGGAGCAGGGAGGACAGAUAAUCUAGGCUGGCUUGAUUUAAGCCUGUCACCAUCUGCACACAAUGUUACACAACAAGGAAGUGCUGAACUUUCUCACAAUAACAAUUUCGGCAAAGGAACACCCCCUGCAUUUUUGUAUGACCCUAUGACAACAUUCAAGGGCGAUGAGGCUUUGCCUUAUCUAUCUCUGUUUGACCUAGAGACUCCAACAGCACUUCAACCACCCACAGACUUUGCAGAAACAAUGGAUUACUGUAUUUAGGUUGUGUUCUGGUUGACUAUUGGUAGUUAUUUGGUAACAUAAUAUGAUGAUUAACUGUAGUAAUAAUCUAAAAUGAUAGUUGCCAUAUUGGAAAUUACUAUCAAUAGCAAAGUAAGAAAAUGUAGAUUAGUUGUUUAGGUUUAUGUACACCUCCUCCUUUUUGUGUUCUGAUAAGUAAGCCUUUUUUUCAUAGUUAAAAAUUAUGAAACUAACUCUGGCUAAUGGGAAAAUCUCUUCAUUCAUUCCUUUUUUUUACCCAAUCAAAAAUCUAUCAUAAUGUUGGUAAGACUCCUGAAACUAUGUAUUAAUUGUUCAUUAAACUUUCUAAAUUCAGAAAUAAAUCAAAACAUAUACAGAUGUGUUAGGAGAUACAUUCAAUAUUUCUAAAUUUAAGUUAGGUUAUAAAUAUAUUUGAGUUUAUUGUUCUAAACAAAUGAACUGCGGUGUGCUUUUGUGCUCUAAUGCUGUAACCAUUCUUUUAAGAAGGUUAAACCCAAUCACUCUGUUGUUGCUCUUAAAGUAGCCUGCAAAGUUGAUCAGGGGUUUUACUAGUAUGGCAUGUAAUGGAAUAUGACAGUCAUAAAUCUGUGUUCACUGCCACAACUGAUAGUAAAGGCAAUAGCCACUCAUUUUUAAAAAACAAAACUUCUCAAGCUUCUGUUAAUUAAUUCAUUGGUAUAAGGUCCAGAAACUGGCAUUUGAACUCUGGUUAAAAGACUUCUCUGUAAAGAUAGAUGCUUUUUUUUUUUUUGCUAAGUGAAGUUGGCUGAGCAUCAGCAAUAUGGCAAAAUAAUAUUGCAAUUAAUCAACCCUGUUCUAGGGGAGUUUAUCCAUCACAAAUUCCAUCAAGCUUCAUUUUGAUACUUUUGACAAUCAUCAAACCUUACAUUGUAGUGAUAAAUGCUUUCCUUAGACAGGUACAGACUUAAAUCACCUAAAAUUUAUAGUUGCUUUCCCUUGCAUCCCUCUCAGUUAUUGUUUUUAAAUGCUAUCUGUUUUUAGUUUAUUAAUUUUAAGAUCUACUAAGAGCCCCAUAGCAUUAAACUGAUUCUAGAAUUUUCCAUGGCAUCCACAAGAUAAAGGCAACUAAAAUAAUAAAUAUCACCACCUCCCACUAAAGGAAAAUUGUCUGAAUGAGUAGUGUUUUGUUGCUCAGAAAUACUUGUGAAGGUGUUCUAUGUAGAAAUAUUUUUCAAAUGGUAUUAUUAAGUGAGGCCUAUUCUAAAGAGAGAGGAGGUUUUGCUGCAUAAAGAACCAAGUCUAAGUUGCCAUGGUUCAGGUUUAGUUCAAGUCUGUAAGCAGAUAUUUAACUAAGAAAACAAGAUAAACCAUCAUUGAUCAGUGAAGAUUAAGUAAACUGCUCUUGUCAUCAGACUACUUUAAAUUUCAUUUCACGAACUUGUAAAUUUACCAGAUUCAUUUGAAAAAAAAGACAGUCACAAUAAUUGUACAUUUGCAUUCAUCUUAACCUUAGUAUCUUCCAGUUUUCUUGGAGGAGAAAGAGAAGAGUAGUGACAUUUUCCUCUCAAAUCUAGGGACAUUUACUGCAAUUCUCACAAAGAAAAUAAUUAUUACAUCAGGAACAACGAAUGCAUGAUAUUAACUUUGAGUCAAAGGAAAGACAAAUCCUAUAGUCAGCUUUUUUAAAGAAAGUCAGGAGUGGUUCACAUAUCUUUUGGAUUUUUAGACAAGAAGUCUUGUUUAUCAUUUUUGGAAAGCAAUGUUGCAUUGCAUUUAACUGCAUUUCAGAUUUCUACUUAUGUGUACUUGCACAAUUCCCUUGCUAGUUGCAGAGACCAGUUGAUGUUGUAAGUCAUUUAAUGAAGUGAGUUUGAUUGUUAGGUCCACUUUCAGUCAUUAUUUUAAUAACAUUGAAUUUCCAUAGAAUGUUUGUGGAAUAAAUUUCAUCCAGAAUUUUG